AAAAAGCAAAACAUCGAUCAUAAGUGGACUUGUGAGCUUGGCGACUCAAUUUGUAGAGCCGUCAGCUAACACUUGUUCGCAAUUGCAGCAAAAAAAAAGCGACAUUAAUUUGUGGAUAUGUUGUCUUCGGUGAUGUUUGCAGCCAUGGAACAUAACCUCCAGCAGCCGGUACCGGCGCCAACAACCAGUACAACGGCGCCUGGAUCUAACCAUCAUCCAUCAAUUGAUCCAAGAAAACAGGAGCUGCUCGAGGCUCGUUUUAUGGGCACAAGUCAACGUCUAUCAAAUGUUGGUAGUUAUCUUAGCACACAAUCACAGCAAUCGAUACCGCCUCAUUAUAUCCCCGCCGCAGUUACAGUUGCAGCCGCCAAUACCCAUCCAUCGAGCAUUUAUUCAUUAUCAAAUCAACAUCAUCCGCCAUUAGCGCCUCCAGGUCCUCAUGCCCAUCUGGUAUCACCACAUACGAAAGCUUCAUCACCAUCAUCAUUGAUGCAGCCUCAACACCAGAUACAUUCGGCCACAUCUUCAUCAACAAACUCCAAUCCAUCAUCAUCAAGUCCUAGCAUUCCUGUCGCUCCAAAUAGCUCUCCAUUUUCUUCGACAUUAAAUCAGCAGCAAUCACAAUCUCAGCAGCCUCAACCUCUUCCACCUCUUCCGCUACAAAGCGGUCAACCACAAUCAACAUCACAACAAGCGCAGCAACAAACUGCUGCUCAAGGCUUAAAUUCCGUACCUCCACCAUCGUUUUCGUUGGUCAAUACGGUGGCCAUCAACAAUAACUCCAACAACAUCAACAAUAAUAAUACCAACAAUAAUAGUAAUAAUAAUCCUUCUAACUCAUUGGCAAAUAAUAAUUCGGGAGGAUCAACACAAUCAUCAUGUCAUUAUUCUGCUCAUUCCUCUUCACAUAAUCAAGACUCUAAUCUUUCAACUGCAUCUGGUGGUAGUCAUUGUUCCGAUAAGCAAGAUCCACCAACUUCGAUGCAUUGUGAUAAUAUUCAUUCUCAUAAUAUAACCGUGACGCCAGAGAAACGUUCAUUAAGCCAAUUAGACAAUAAUACGGCGACGCCUCCCUCAGGUUCCAACGGAGCCAAUAAUGUCACAUAUGCUAAUCAAAGAAAAAGAAGGAAAAAAGAUGAAUCGUUACCUGAACGUAGCAAUUCAAUCAAUUCCAAACGUGAAACAAAUAAAAAAGUGACCGAGUAUUUCAAAAAUCAUUCAAGCCCUAGUCGAUAUAAUGCAGCUGGCGCUAAAUCGCCAACCUCCAGUUCUCUACCAUUCUAUUCAAUGUAUCAGCAACAGCAAGUGGUUUCAUCAACUUCUUCGGCUACAAGUGCUUCGACAAAUCUACUUGCGACAACGUCCGCCGCUGCCGCCUCUACUGCCAAUGAUCACAAUUUGAUUCAUCAGCAUCAGCAUUCUAUAUCGAGCUCCUUUAUGACGCCACAAAAUCGUGUGUCCGGUUCGACGGCGAAUCAUUUGCAGCAUGUGAAUUCAAUUACAAAUCCUAGUAUAAGUUUUAAUGCGAAAAAUAUGUCAUCAUCUACUACUCAAACAGAUCUUACGAUGUCUAAAUUAAUUAAUCAAGAUGAACAUUAUGCUGCCGAGCUCGAACAACGUGAUAAUAAAAUUGAAGAGCUGACACGUUCUAUAGAAGAGUUAAGAAGACAAGUCAAAGUAUAUCGCGAAGAAAAUGAAUCACAAAAAUCUCGACUAAACAAAUGUAUUGAUGUUACGAAGCAAUUAUUGGUAGAAAAAAGCCUUAUGGAAAAGAAAGCUGCAAGACAAAAAUGCAUGCAAAAUCGAUUAAGACUUGGUCAGUUUGUAACCCAAAGACAAGGAGCCGUAUUUGCCGAAAAUUGGGUAGAUGGUACGGCAUUCACAGAACUAAUCAAAAAACAAGAACAAAUUGCAACAGCUAGAGAAGAAAUCGAACGACAACGUAAAAUGUUGAUGAAAAAACGACCAUUAACUACUGGUAAAUCAAAAUCUUCAUCAAAUGGUGAUAAUUCGAAUAGUGAAUUUGCUAAACCCGAAUCCCCAAAAGAAAUGAAUUGGUACGAAUAUUAUGAACAAGAUGAAAUUCUCAAGCUACGAUCUCAAGCAUUGAAAAAAGAAGAUGCUGAUCUACAAUUAGAAUUAGAAAAGCUAGAACGAGAAAGAAAUUUGCAUAUCCGAGAAUUAAAACGUAUUCAUAAUGAAGAUCAAUCACGAUUUAAUAAUCAUACUACAUUGAAUGAACGAUUCCUAUUACUCAUGUUAUUGGGUAAAGGUGGAUUUUCUGAAGUACAUAAAGCAUUUGAUCUGAAAGAACAACGUUAUGUUGCCUGUAAAAUACAUCAAUUGAAUAAAGAAUGGAAAGAUGAUAAAAAAGCCAACUAUAUCAAACAUGCAUUACGAGAAUAUAAUAUACAUAAACAAUUGGAUCAUCCAAGAGUGGUUCGAUUGUAUGAUGUAUUUGAAAUUGAUGCCAAUUCAUUUUGUACAGUCCUUGAAUACUGUGAUGGUCAUGAUCUUGAUUUUUAUUUAAAACAACAUAAAAGCAUUCCUGAACGUGAAGCUCGUUCAAUCAUUAUGCAAGUGGUACAUGCACUUAAAUAUCUGAAUGAAAUCAAACCACCAAUCAUUCAUUAUGAUCUUAAACCCGGAAAUAUACUGCUAAGUUCGGGUACAAUGUCCGGUGAAAUUAAAAUAACCGAUUUUGGUCUUUCGAAAAUAAUGGAUGAGGAAAAUUAUUCACCGGAAAAUGGAAUGGAUUUGACCAGUCAAGGUGCCGGUACCUAUUGGUAUUUACCACCAGAAUGUUUUGUUGUUGGCAAAAAUCCUCCCAAAAUUUCAUCCAAAGUUGAUGUUUGGAGUGUUGGUGUUAUAUUCUAUCAAUGUUUAUAUGGAAAGAAACCGUUUGGUCAUAAUCAAUCACAAGCAACUAUCUUGGAAGAGAAUACGAUUCUAAAAGCUACAGAAGUCGAAUUCGCUUCUAAACCACCAGUCAGCAAUGAAGCAAAGCAAUUCAUUCGCCGUUGUUUACAGUAUCGCAAAGAAAAUCGUUUAGAUGUGAUAGGAUUGUCCAACGAUGAAUACCUCAGGCCAAAAACUAAACAUGGUUUUGGAAUAAUAGAACGAACCGAAAGUAGUAAACAUAAUAAUAAUAGUAACAGCAGUAACAAUAGUUUGUGAUAAUCAAGACAUUACCACCUUCUUCACUUCAUUUGGAUCCAUGUUCAAAAAGUUUUUUUUGGCAAAUUUUCACAUAAAAGGACAAAAUAAACACAAUCGUGGUGUGAUUGCCCUAAUCUUCAUGGCAAAGAUGGUCAACAUUUU